AUGCAGCCCCAAGCCCCUUCCAUUUCUGUCAACAGGUGCUGCCCCAUUUGCAUGGUGGAGUUGGCGGAUGAGGACGUGGUGCUGGUAAUGCCCUGCGACUCCAGCCCCAUCUGCCGAGCAAACAUCGUUCACCUGAUUACUGGGACAGCGGGUCCCUCACAGGGCGAGAGAGGAGUUGAGAUGCAGGUCUAG